AUGACAGACUUUUGGCUGAUUUCUGUCCCUUUGGACAAGACCAGUUUGACCAGUGUGGAGAAACUGAAGCGCAACAUUGCCAAAACCAACCUGGCCUCCUGCUGCAGGUUCUCCAUUCCAGAACUCAAGGUCGGAAUACUGGACAGUCUGCUCAGCGUGUCAGAUGACCUCUCCAGGCUCGACAUACUGACUGAAAGCGUGAUAAAAAAAACACAUCAGUGUAUGAGGGAGGUGAUGGAGCAGUCUGAUGACAAAGUGCUGGAAAACGCCUUAGCCAAUGGAGUGGACCUGAUUAGCUACAUGACUAGGUUUCAGUGGGACAAAGCCAAGUACCCCACAGCUCUGCCUCUCUCCAGCCUGGCAGACAUCAUCAACAAGGAAGUUUCCCAGGUGGAGACGGAAUUAAAAUCCCGGGCUGCAGCGUACAGCAGCGUGAAAACAAGUCUUCAAAGCAUGGAGCAUAAACUACAUGGGAGUUUGCAAACUUGCAGUCUGAAUGACAUAGUGAGGAACGAAGACCUGGUGACCUCAGAGUACCUCACUACUCUGAUGGUAGUGGUGACCAGAGGGAGCUACUUGCAGUGGGAGAGGACAUAUGAAUCUUUUUCACAGUUCGUGGUUCCACGGUCCAGCAGGAAGCUGUACGAGGAUGGACAGGGAGGCAUUUUCUCCGUUACACUCUUCAAAAGAGCUGUAUGUGAAUUCAAAGCCAAAGCCCAGGGGAGCAAGUUCAUUGUGCGCGAGUACAGCUUUGAUCUGGAGGCAAAGCAAGAGCAGGAGAGGAAGCAGCGCAGUGUUCACAAGAAGGAACAAUAUGGAAUCUUUGUGCGUUGGCUGAAGGUGAAUUUCAGCCAGGUGUUUAUUGCCUGGAUUCACUUGAAAGCACUGCGAAUGUUUGCCGAGUCAGUCCUCAGGUAUGGAUUACCGGUGAACUAUCAGGCUCUUCUGCUGCACACUGACAAGAAGCGUUCAAAGAAACUCAGAGAGGAACUCGCCUCGCUGUUCAAACAUCUGGACCCCACUGCCACUAACAGCAAGACUGAUGUGAGCUUUGACAUCCCAGGACUCUGUCAGCCUGAGUACCUCUCCUACAUCUGCUUCUAUAUCAACACCAACCUGCUGGAGCUCAGCUAGCAUUAAUCAAAAAGAGGAGCCACACAAAGACCAAGCAAUGAGGGUCCUGUCGCUCGAGUGGACCAAUGAGAGCUUGGAAGACAAAGACCCUCAACUGUAAACUAAAACAGAUCUAGUGAUCCACGAGAUUACCUUUCUUUGGCUGCAGAAAUAACAGUCCAGCUAUCCACAGGUGUAAAUACUCUUUUCAACACAUUAUCAGCUGCACAGGGACAUUACUUUUUGUGCACAUGGAACUGCGGAACCAUUUAAAUGUGCAAUGACACUCAUUGCUAUUGUAAAUGUUGAUGUACAGCUUUAAGCAUUUGAAGUCAGCAUAUCUUCCUGGUAACCUCAAAAAGCCAUGACGUGGUCAAGUGUUUUUUUCAUGCAGGUUUCACAUUAUAUAACACUACAUGUUUCGGUACAUUGUUCUAAAAGGUACGCACACAAUGACUAUGUACAUAUCGGUUUUAUCCAAACAUAUAUUUUAUCAGAAUGUUUUUCAAAGUCAAAAUCAAAGUCCACUUUAUUGUCAAAAUUUCCAUAUGUGUUAUACAUACAGAAAAUUGAAAUAACGUUUCUGGCAGUCCCACAGUGCAAAUAUCAACAAGAGCAUAUAACAUAAAAAGAUAAGAGCCUAGAAAAAAAAAGGAGGAGUAAAAAUGGGAUAACAAAAAGAAAACUAAGUAAUAUAUACAUAUAUUAGAUAUAUAUUUGUAUCAAUGGUGGAAGAAGAACUCAGUUAUUAAGUACUCCGUAAUGUAAAAUACCCUAAAAAGUAACUGUAUCAUCACUCAAUGCAAAUAUAAGAAGCCAUAGAAUAGUUUUUAUUGUCUGUCGCGGGGUAUCACCAAAAACUACGGAUGUUACUUAACCAACCUGCACUGAAAUCUUAAGGAUAAUGACUAUGGAGAACAGGAGUAUAAUUAUCUUCAUGUAUAAUGUAUGCAAACAAAAUGGCCCUUGUUACUGACAUAAUAUUGUAUAUGGUACGAGUAUAGGAUUAUACAGUAUAUAGUGACGCCUUUAGUGCAUACAUAGCAUUGUACUGUGAGUGUUGUAGCUGUUGCUGACGCUAAAGAGGAACUUCACCAAUGUUACACACCAAAUCUGAUUUCAGGUCUUGGGGAGUAUUAUUGCAUUAUGGGGAAAAAAGCAGUUAAAAGCCUUUUUUUGUGGCUCCAGCAGGAGCAUCGUGAAGUCUGUGAAGGCCUCAGGGGAUGUCAAUUGAGUCAGCAUUGGCUUAUUCUUUAAGACAAGUGUGAAGAGAAAAAAAACCUAAAAACUGAUGGGUAGAGUUAGAAAGAAGUUAACUCACUCCCAUUGCUCAUCUCUGCUUGUAGCUACAUUAGCUGCCACUAGCAUACAACAUGGUUAAGGGAAUUGUAGUCGGUUGAGUUGCAUUGUGGGUUAUGUCAGAUAGAAGAAAGUAUGAAAUAAAACAUAUAUUUCUCUGGUUACGCGUUAUUGAUAUUUUAUUGUGUUUACUUUUGCUACAGUAAAAGAUCUUUGCACUUUGUCC